AUGCAGACCUCAGAAUUCAAUUCCCCUUUCAUUCCUCAACACCUCCUCUCACAGCCCCAGCAGUGCUCACCUGGAAUUGAUCAGCUUAUUCAAAACGCAGGUGAAAAAUUUUUUAAGAUCUUUAUCAAAAACCUGUCUGACUGUCGGGCAUGUAGACAAUGCGUAAGUCGUAUAAAAAUAACUCCUUAGAAAUUGCUAUCAUUUCGUGACAAAAGAGAAAUGAAAGUUUUUUGUUAACGUGUUUGAGAGAUAAUCUAAGAUAAUCUUGUGGUAGACGAAUGAUCUGCAUGUCUCCAAGUAGUGAAAAUAAAGCUUAAAAAACUAAAACAUAUUUGCAGAACACUUCACACAUUUUCUACAUCGUGCUUCGUAAUUUUUGAGCGGUGUUUGUUUUAUCGAAACUUCUCCUCGAAACAGAGUUGGAAAAUUCUGAACAAGUCCGCCUUAUCGAGACAGAGAAACAGCGAUAUGCAGGUAAUAAAAUAUAAUAAUGGCACGUCGCAAACUCGUAAAUCUUCUCUAAAAUUUAUACCGGAAAUUUGAAAUCAUUUUGUAGUUAGAUUUAGAGGGGCUAGAAUGAAGGGGAAAAUUAGGUGUUAAAAUAAAAUAGUUAAUGGGAUUUCACAGGAUUAAGAAAAACCAAGAAGAAAAUAUUUCAAAACAUCUUUAUGCAAGAGUUAUUUUUAAAUAAAUUGUAUUUUAAUUUUUAAAAAAAAUAGUAUUGGAUAAAGUAUAAGGGGUUUCACAGAUUGCAACUCCUCUUCACAAAAAUUGAAAGUCAAGUAAAUUCCCUUUUCAUUUACAGCCUCUACAAUCCAUCCUGAAUUAUAUUUUAGUUUUUGUAUCAAUUCUGCUGCACAAGAGUUUGGUACACAAGUGUUAACUCUUAUCAAAUAUUUAGCUCUCUUGAAGCAGUUAGAGGGGAAAAUUCAGAAAACUGAAGAAUUAGAAAAGUCUACCACACAACUUGAUGAAGAAGCUAAGCAGCUGCACAAACAAUUUACACAAAACAAGGAGAUAUGUGCGAGGUAAAGAGUAACAUCAUGGUUUCCAUAAAAAACAGUAGAGGUGCUCUAGGGGUGCAAAUGCUCAGCUCUUGGUCAUUGUUUUAAUAUGUUAGACUUACUACAGAAAAUCUGAUCGGUCGGGAGUAUUCACUCAAGACACAAUGGCAUGUGAAGUUGACAUAAUAUGGCAAUAUCUGCAGCAGAUAUGCAUUCAUCACAUUGAAUUCAAAGUCUGCCUAGUUUCCUACCCUUUAGUCCAUGCAGUGUUCUCAACCUUUGCAAACUCAGAGAAAAGUAUCUUCCUCUGUGGAUUGUUUAAAAAAUGUAUAACAAAACAAUUAUUGAAUUCAGUUUUUUUUUUUUGCAUUAUAUGGAUUACCUAACCUUGUUCCUGUGUUAUCUACCUCUGCCUGCGGCUUUAGUUGAUAACACUUAUCUUGGUUUUAGUGAUUCAUGUUAUCAUGCUCAAACUCAUCCAACAAUUGCAUAUAGUUGUUUUGCAACUUCUAAUCUGAAAACUUUAAAAAGAUUAACCUUGAAUGCCCUUGACCUUCAACUUACCAAACUGUGUAUCACCCAUUCAGAACAAAGUAUAUCAACCAGUUGCUAUCAGAUAUCUCCCUCCCACCCUGAAAAACACAUAAAAUAGCUAGAAAAUGUUUGGAAGUUGACAACAGCUAAUUCUUUUGUUUCACCUGCAGCUUGAAACGAACCAAUUGUGUUCUACAAGAACAUGAAAAAGCCAUGGAGAAAAAGAAGGAAAUGGUGGUUGAUAAACUUGAGAAAGCCAGGUGAGAGUAAUAAUAAUAAUUCCAAGUGGUGUAAAUCAUUUACAAUUUGCUUCAGCUACAACUGUUCUAUCUGGAAUUUCAUCCUAACCUUAAUUUUUAUUUAGGUCCAACAACCAAAGCAUCCUCAACAAGUAUGAGGCAAUAUGGGACAGAUAUAAGAAGCAUUAUGAAAGUAAAGAAAAUGCUCAGGAGCUCACAAAGAUAAAGAAAAACACCAUGGAAAUCAAAGAAGAAUGUAAGUUUCUAGUGAUAGUCAUGUCAUUUAUCUACUUCCAGUGAUUAUAGAAAUGUUGGAAGAUACCAUGUUGCAGUUGCAAAUUGUUAAUUUGUUGGUAACAUUUCAUUUUACUUAGUGCAGACAAUACGAUCCAGUAUCCAGCAAACAGAAGAAGGUAUUUCCUGCAUGGAAAAAGAAAAUAAGAACAUUGAAGGUAUCAUAUAUGGGUCAUUUCCUAAUGUUAUUGUUAGGAUAAUUCAUCAACCUUAAAACCAUGCUGAUUUAGCUUUCUAACCACUAAGAGUGAUUAGAAUCUAAUUUCUCCCAAUAGUACCAUUGCUGAAUCAAAAACUUCUGUCAUGAGAACAAAGGAAAUUAUUAUCCCCUAGAAAAACUCUUAUCUGCUAAACAAAUUCUUCUUGUCAGUACCAUAGAUUAUGAGGAAUGGUAUACUGUAAACAGAUGUUAGGGACCAAAGGAUUAAACAGACUUAACCAAACAUCUUUAUCAAUCUAAUUUCAGAAUCACUAAAGAAAGGAAUCACAUCUGCUAUUCCACUUAUGAUCCAACUGUAUCCUUCAAACACUUCACAUUAAUGAGAAAUUUUGAUCAAUUACUCGCAGUUGAAUUAAUCAGAAUCAGCCCAUCUUAUUACAUCAGCUGAAAAUCAACUAUCAGUAUAAGAGUUUGUGUUAUUGCAGAGUCUAUCAGUGAAAAGUAUAGUCACUUUGGAGGGCUCAGAUUUAAAGUUAUAUUCUUUGACAGUGUAAAGAGCUCAGCUGAAUAUUGAGAGAAGAACAACUGAAGACUACAUAGAGAGGAUCAGAUCCAAAAUAGCCAACACCAAACAAGCAGACUUCAGCAAAUGUGUGAAUGAAGGUCAUCAAGAGAAAAAUUCCCUAGAUGAAAAUACUUCUCAACCUCACACCCCAAUGAUGAUGUCACAGCAAGUUGAACGCUCAGGUUUUGAACAGUCCUCAAAACAAGAGAACAUUGUGUUAAAUAUGGAAGUGGAGUCAUGUGAAGACCAAAAUGUGCCAAUCCAGCAAAAAGAGGCUGUACCAAUGGAGAGAUAUUCUCCUGAGCAGUUAUCAGACACUCUAUAUCAGCAGAGAAGGCAUUACACAGAUGAUCAAACAAGUUCAGCUCAUGAGCAGAGCUGUACAGACCCACACCUUCAGUCUUUAGGUGAUAAAUUGGCAAAUAGAGAGUGCUGUAAUAUUUCAAUCCCCCAUAUACAAAGUACUACAAUAUAUAUUAUGGCAACAGGACUGAGUGGAGUCCAAUUUGGUCUGUGAUUGUAAGUGUAUACAAAAUUGGACAAUCUCGAAGUGGGAGUCUAAUUUGUCAAUCACAAGUUUGAUUACAGACUGAAAUGGAUGACAAAAAGUCCUAAUACCAAUUGCUCAUAACCAUUACAUUUUCCAUUUAUUUGAGAAAAUAUCUCUAGUAGAGAAAUUGUCUAAAGUAAAAAUUCCUCCAUUUUGGAAACUCCUCAGUUUUGUAGGGUAAGCAGUUGUUGCUAUGGUUAUUGUAAUAAAUUCUGUGAUUUGUGGAUCUGGUUUAAAGGACUUAGUGUCAUUGGCUGCUCUAAAUAUCUGAUUAUAUGUGUCUGAUUACAGCCAAUUGUCCAAUUACACUGACCAAUUUCAACUCUACAAAAUACAGAGUUGAAUAUAAUUACUGCAAAAAUUGCUUUCAUAUUCAGAAUAUUAAAUACAAUUGAGGAAUUUGGAAUUGGUUAUGAUUAAGAUUGUUAUAACCAUAAGAAAUGUACUGGAUAAGUGUUUGAAUUUCUGCAACUAUUAAAUUCCAAAAAAUGGUUGACAGACAUCAACGUAACCGAUUAAAAUAUUCUCCAUCAAUUUUUUUAACUCUUCUUUAGCUUAAUGUUUAAUCCAGUUGAAUAUAGUCAAAAGUAUUCAUAUUUCAUACAAAACAGCUGUAGCUGAAACUACAUCAACUUCUCCAAAUGACGACGAGGAACAGACAGUCCUUCCUACAACACCAACAUCAACAGGACAGCCAAACUGUGGUUCCAUUUCAACCAAAGAAGUUGUCAAAAGUCCAUUUAACUUUGAAGUGCACUCAGAUAUGAUCCUACAGCUCACCAAAUCACCUGGGGAUGGUUUUCUGUUUCAUAAUCGUCCAAUGUUUGACCAUAGCUCUGUGGAUCCAGAAAACAAUCAGGUAUUAAACCUUUACAACCUAACAUCAGUAUGCACAUCCUCCAUACUGUUAUCUACACUUUUCCUAGGGUGCUGACCAGGAGAAUUUGUUUCACAAUCAAGGACUUUCUUAGUUGGUGAUCAUUUCUGUUAUUCUCAUGAUCUCAAAUGAAUGAUUCAGCAGUAUAAUUGUCAGGAAAAACUAGAUGCUGGUCACUCCUAGGGUUUAAAGGGUAAGAGCGAAAAGAAAUGACAAAGAGUUACUAAUUUGAGUGUGUUUCAAUUGAGUGUUGAAAGGAAUCCAGGAUUGUAUCAGUUCUGCUCUACUGUGCUCUAGGUUGAUCUAGAAAAGAUAUGCCACUUCUAAAGCAUAAAGAUGUAUUUUUUUUUUAAUCAAAACCACUCACAACUCUAUAACAUUUAUUUUACAAUGCUUUGGAAGUUUGCAUGUUUCUUCUUUUAAUUCUAAUUGAAUUCUUAUGUUUUUUCCUGAGUUCUGAUUGGUUAUUGUCAGUGAUUACUCUAGUUGUGGUUUUAAUACACUCAAUGAAAACUAUGAGAACUAUGCAUUCUCAAUAUUCCUGAUUUAGGGUUUAAACAUAAGCAAUAAAGACUUAAUCUAUAUAAUCUAUAACUACAAGUUUGUAUAUAAGUUAAGAUCAAUAAUCAUUAAUGAUUGAUGAAAUUGUCAAAGCAUCAAACCGUAACCAGGAAACAAAAUUUCUGUCUCACAAAUUUUUAUUUUAGCCCAGUGCAGAUAGUACACCUUUUACAUUCAACAUGCAAGGGACAAGGAAUACCUCAGGAUCAGUUGGUAAGUAAUUCAAAGAGUGUUAGGAUUGUACUCAUGACAGAAAUGAUAGAUGAGUCUGAUUGCAUGAGAUUUUACUGCUAUUAUUUUUGCACUGCGUGACAUUGCUAAGCAUUUCCUGCUGAAAGUUCAGCAAGAUUUAGGAUUAAAAAAACAUAUUUCUUGAUAUUUGGUGUCACCAGGGGAUUUAUCAUGAUAAUAAGAAGACACUUGGUGAACACAGUAAUAUGGAUAUCUGCUGUAUCAAGGCAAAUUAUGUGGCAAAUGAAAUACAUCUUCCUAAUAAGAAUUAUCAUACCAGUGAAUAUCUGAUCCCUUCAGCAAUCAAUGUUUAUUUUAGCUUGUUUUAAAAAUUCUUAAAAAUUGAUGACAGUUUCAUUUGAAAGGAAUUUCAAAAGUUAAAAUUAUGUGUUUUUUUUUUAAUACUCUUAGAUCAUUUGAUAAUCAUGACCAAAAAGUUUGCAGAGGAAGAAUAAAACUUAACACAAAACUGUCCUAUUUUUUAUACUCUGAUUAAUUGGUAAAUACUGGAACAAGAAAGAAGGAAAGAAAGAAAGAUAGGUCAUCGGAAUGUAAUUUUCACAUGUAAAUGGACUCUUCUACAUUCAGAGAUUAAACCAGAUCUCAGCCAGAGAACAAUGACCUAAAGGUUUUAAUUAAAAACAAACAAUAAAAUGAUUUUUUUGCAUUGUGAAAGGCUGACUAAGGGUUAAUAUGAUUAGCAAAGCUGUUUUCUUAUAAAAUAUUGUAACAAUGUCUUGGUGUAAUCAAGGCAAGCUGGUUACCUGUUGAUGUUGUGCCAAAAGAGGAAGUUUGUAAUUUGUUAUAACUACUAGUAAACACUGCUAGAUAAGAUCAAAAAGUUAUCAUGCUUUAUUUCUAGUGUGAAAACAUCACAUCAGAAUUAUUCACACAUGCUAUACAAACAGUUUUUCCAUAUAUAUUCUCCUCCUAGUAAUUCACAAUUGCUUUAAAGUGGACUAUAACCAUAGAAACGACAAUAACUAUUGGCUUACUUCCAUGCCUGUUGUAAAGUUCAAACCCUUGCUACAACAUCUGUUUCCAGAGCAAUUUUCAUUUAUCUUUCUUCUCUUUUUGCAGGGUCAGUUGGUGAGUUUGAUUUAGGAAGGCCUGCUGUAAACCUCUUUGAACCAUCAGCAACCACAGAAAGUAGAAGUAGCAUGGGUCUCUUUGGCACAAGCAUGUCACCUGUAGUAAGUGGCUGUUCAAUCUUUGGAGAUGUAGAUUCUACCUGCCGAUCAAAAAGCCCAGAGGCCUUCACUUUCUCUUUUGGGACAACUUCCCAAUCUGGCAUUACCAAAAGCCCAAACAGACCUGCAUUCAGCUUGUUUUAA